AUGUCCACUUAUGGAGUGAAAGCCGCUGCGACCUUCCCAAAGAGUUUUCUGUCGUCGUUGGUGUUCAUGAAGCAUACACUUGGAGCGGACGGCGUGGAGUCAUCUUUGUCCACGAGAGUUGGUGGAGUGUCCAAAGCGCACUUCUUGACGAAGGCGAAGCAUCAACAGAAGCCGCCACUCCAAGUGGCACAUGUCAAGGCGCUGGAGGAAGUGGUAAUCAACGGUCGAUACGAGGACCGUAAGUUCGACGACCAGGACCGCUAUGCUGCUGGGGUCUUCUUGUGGAUGGUCUACGCUCGGGCCAGAUUUUCGGACGGACAAAACUCCGGUGGCAUAUUCAGGGAUGUGCACCAGACUAGAGAUGGUCCAAAGGGAUAUCUGGAGGCCUUAGUGGAGAGAUCGAAGACUUCCUUCAGCUUGGAGAGAAAGGUUCGGUGGCUUCCGAUGAUCGCGCCGAUCUACGGGCUGCUUAGCGAAUCUUGGGCAAUCGCGUGGCUGGACAGGGCCGAGCUGUCUGGACCUAAGCUGGGGAUUGGUCGUCCAUUGCUUCCCGGCUACGCGCAGGACUAUGGCUGGGGCGAGGUUCCGAUUUCAGCUGAGGCGGGUGGCAAGUGGCUCCGCAGUCUGCUUUACAAGUGUGGGUUCGAUCCAGCAGUGGUGAAGCAGUAUGGGACACAUUCCUUGAAGAGCACCACGUUGUCGUGGUGCGCCAAGUACGGAAUGACUCGUAUCACUAGGGCCACUCUGGGAUAUCACAGCAAGGGUCGAAACGGAACGGAAAUGAUCUACGGAAGAGAUAACAUUGCUGCCCCGGUCCGCGAGCUGGAAGACAUACUCCAGCGCGUCAUGACGGGACGGUUUCGUCCGGAUGCUUCAAGAAGUGGCUACCUGGCGCCAGAAGAUGAGAUUAGCGACUCUUCUGAAAGCUCUGGGGACGAGGAAGCACCGGAGCAUUCGGAGGAGGA